AUGCACCUCACUCGCCAGGUCUACCUUAUCGUCGUUGCAACGAGAAGAUCUGCAGCUCCCCGCUCCCGCUACGUUUCUCGAGACGCCGCCAAGUCAAGCUUGGCGUGCUCCUCCUUCCUAUUCGGUCGCCAAUUCCAGUCCCAAGCUUUGAUUUCAUUUACGACCACCAAUGCAGCGCUGGAUGUGGGUUGCGACCUCAUUUACAGUUUCCUUGGAUGCACAAGCAGCUGCCGAUUGCGAUCUCGUGCUUGUUCUGGCAACAAGGCAAACAUGACGUUAAGGUCAAGAAGGGGCAAGUACAUUUUGUACCUGCCGAGUUAG